UCAGUCUAAGUGUGACACACCUCAGAGCAGCUGAUCUGCGUGAACUUGCCAUGUGUGUAAACGUAAUAGCAGGAAGUCAAGUCCAACGAGGAACUGCUGGAGAGUGUGUGAGACGUGUUAGAGAUGCUCUGGAAGGUAAUAUUACUGCUGAUGCUGGCUUUGCCCACACUGGCACUAGACAAUGGACUGAUGAGGACGCCCCCUAUGGGCUGGAUGUCCUGGGGGCGGUUCCGGUGUAACACUGAUUGCAGGAAUGACCCUAAAAACUGCAUCAGUGAAGCUCUAUUUGUAGACAUGGCUGACCGGUUGGUUGAGGAUGGCUGGUUGAAGUUGGGUUAUAAAUACCUCAUUAUAGACGACUGCUGGUCAUUCAUGUCCAGAGACAAUAAGGGAAGGCUAAUGCCUGACCCUAUCAGAUUUCCAAAUGGAAUCCACAAGCUGGCACAUUAUGCUCAUGACCGCAAACUCAAACUGGGCAUUCAUGCCAACAUGGGCAAACAAACGUGUGCUGGCUACCCGGGCACUAUGCUGGAUCAGAUAGAGACAGACGCCCAGACCUUUGCAGACUGGGAGGUGGACAUGCUGAAGUUUGAUGGCUGCUACUCAAAUGUUAAUGAACAACAGAAGGGUUUUCCUCUAAUGUCCAAAGCUCUAAAUGCCACUGGACGUCCGAUUGCCUACUCCUGUAGCUGGCCUAUGUACCGUGGUGGACUUCCUCCGAGCGUAAACUACAGUUUUCUGGGAGAAAUCUGUAAUCUGUGGCGUAACUAUGAUGACAUUGAGGACUCCUGGGAAAGUGUCAUGAGGAUUGUUGAUUGGUUCUUCCAAAACCAGGCUGAUCUCCAGUCUGUUUCAGGGCCUGGCCACUGGAAUGACCCCGAUAUGUUGAUUAUUGGGAACUUUGGGCUGAAUAUGGAGCAAUCACAAGCUCAGAUGGCCUUAUGGGCCAUCAUGGCUGCUCCUCUGAUCAUGUCAAAUGAUCUUCGAACUCUAACUGGAGAGGCCCGGAGUAUCCUACAGAACAAAGCAGUCAUUGCCAUCAAUCAGGACCCUCUGGGCAUCCAGGGGAGACGCAUCCUGCAGGAUGAGGGCCAUAUUGAGGUGUUCUGGAGGCCUCUGUCCAAGUCUGCGAGUGCCCUAGUGUUCCUGAGUCGACGGACAGACAUGCCCUACCGCUACCACUCGACCCUCAGUCUGCUUAACUACACAUCCAGCAGCUACACGGCCUAUGAUGUGUUCAAAGAUGAAACUGUGUCUUUGCCAUCAGUAAACACUCAUUUCACCAUCACCAUCAACCCGUCCGGAGUCGUGAUGUGGUACGUUUACCCUGAUAAAUCCUUCGAGCAGACCAAGGAGACUGGAGGGCAUCCAAACUUCCAAAGGAAAUAUGCCCAUGCCUCUCAGCAGCGUCCCAAACACAACCUGGCCCCAAUUCUGCUUUAAGCUCGAGCACUUUCAUUUCAUUUCUUUUAUACACUGUGAAUUUAUCUGCACUUUCAUGACUUCUGGUGACUCCCAAAUAAGGAAUUCCGGGUCAAAUCCUAUUUUUUCUAUAGGAAAAAUUAAUUGUGUUAUUGAAAAUCACCAAUGUGGCACCCUAUGGCUGACAAAAAUGUUCAAAGUAUGUUUUAUCCACACAUUUAUUACCCCUGAAUGUCACAUCAUCUGAAUUAUAAGGUUGUCAAGGAGCUGAAAUACUAGUAUUGCUGCAUACAUGAUACAAUAUCAUGUAACAGUAGCUACACAAAUUAUAGGCUACAGCAAAAGCCACUAAACUACCAUAUUUGACAAAGCUUGCUGAUUUGUGUGGGGUAUUUUGGUGAGGUUGCCAGUCUUUGUCAGUUCAGUGCUCAGGAAUGUCUAACAAUUUUCUUAUUUUGACUAUGUAUUGAUUUCAUUAAUCAUACCAUACAAUGACAUCCAGAGCAAAAUGUACAUAAGACAAAAUGUAUGGACUUUGCAAUUUGUUCACAUAGCACUAUAUGAACACCAAUCAUUUUCCCUAUAGACCUCUGAAGUCAUGUCGUCAUUCUAUAGUUAUUUCAGAUCUAAAGAGUUUUUCACCCAGUCCCAGCUGGUAUUAACAGCAAACUACAAAGUGAUGAGACCUCAGACGUCUAUUGUCAGAGUUUUCAGAUUGGUACUACCUUUUUACUGUGCACACUGUUUGAUUUACUGAUGUGAUGUUUUCUUGGGCAUUUUCCUAAACGUCAAUAAACCAAUAAAAGCCAAUAAAACAUUAUUACGAUGUU